ACUGACCGGGAAGGAGGGUGAUGCUGCGGAGUUAUGGGGCGGAUUUCGGCCGAGCGGGGGAGGCGGAGGAUCCGCUGCGCCGGUUCGGCGGAUCGCCAUCAACAUCGGACAUACUGCCGGCAUUCAAUCGGACCCGACUCUCUCGUUUCUUCCCAAAAGUUCCGACUCUUAUCCCGACGCCUUGGUCCGCAAGCCUCGGGCUCCCGGACCGGGCGCAACACGGCGUCUGUGGUCUACGGACCAUCCAACGAUGUCCGCCAGUGUAUAGCUUUGGACGGUUCACGGAUGACGUGGUGAACUAAGUGCACGUAAUAGAUUCUACGACUCUCUCUUACCCCCUCCUCUCUUCGUCUUCUUCCCUCGCCUCCUACUGUCCACUCCUCCGUUUCUCUCCAAUGUAAAACCCCCUCCUCCCCUCGAAAUCCCCAUGGAAAUUUGGAGAGCUCGCUCCUUCGAGAAGCAUCUCAAAGCCGUUCUCUCCUCUUCCUCUUCUUCUUCGUCCUCCUCCCCUCGCUUCUCCCCUUCUCUCCACAAAACCCUCCUCCGCCGUUCCUUCCAAACCCUAGCCUCGUCCCCUUCUCCUCCUCCUCCUCCUCCUCCUCUUCCCCACCUCUCCUCCUCCUCCUCCUCUUCCGCCUCUUCUCUCUCCUCCCUCCUCUUCCGCCGCCCCCUCCCGCGCUUCUCGCCACCUCCUCGGAACCUUCCUCUCAAACCCUUCUCUUCGGUCUUUUCGAACCAGGAGAUCGAGUGGAGGGAGGAGCACCACCUAUCGGAGUCGUGCUCCGGCGACGAGAGCUACCAGGAUCAUCUCAUCGAGGUUCAACAGGAGAAGCAGAGCCGAUUCAUACCCGUUAAGGCCUACUUCCUCUGCACCAGUAUUGAUUUGAGGAGCUUGCAAUCGCAGAAUGCUUUCAAUGUGAUUCCGCCGAAUUCUCGUGCCACGAACUAUGUAGUUUUGAGAUAUUAUGAUGUGAAAGGGGAUCGCCAGGACCUUGAGUCUGGAUUCGUGAAUGAGAGCAGCUGCCACUAUAUGGUAGUUUUUCAGUACGGCUCAAUUGUCUUAUUUAAUGUUUCUGAUCAUGAAGCAGAUGGUUAUCUGAAAAUUGUAGAGAAACAUGCAUCAGGUUUACUACCGGAGAUGAGAAAGGAUGAUUAUGCGGUUGUGGAGAAACCAAAUUUAGAGACAUGGAUGCAAGGUGGGCUGGACUACAUUGUGCUCAAGAAUUUGAGCAUAGAUGGAAUCCGCACAAUCGGAAGUGUUCUUGGUCAGAGUAUUGCCCUUGAUUAUUAUAUUCGACAAGUUGAUGGGAUGGUAGCAGAAUUCACAGAUAUAAAUCGCGGUAUGGAGAAAACUGGUACCUUCACCAUGAAGAGGAAAAAACUUUUUCAGUUGGUGGGAAAAGCGAACUCUAAUUUGGCAGACGUCAUUCUUAAACUUGGCCUUUUUGAGAGGUAAUUACGAUGUUACUUAGUCUUUUUUU